GCUCUCCAGGCCACGCGGGCACUCAUGGUGGUCUCCAUCGUGUUGGGGGUCGUCGGCAUUGGGGUCGCCUCCAUGGGCAUGAAGUGCACCCGCUGCGGGGGGGACAACAAGGUGCAGAAGGCGCGCAUCGCCAUGACCGGGGGGCUCAUCUUCGUGGUGGGAGGUUUAGCGGCGCUGAUCGCCUGUUCCUGGUACGGAAACCAGAUCGUGCGAGAUUUCUACGACGUCACGGUACCUGUGAACACCAAGUAUGAAUUUGGAGCGGCGAUCUUUAUCGGCUGGGCUGGGUCCGCCCUGGUCUUGCUGGGGGGGGGUCUCCUCUCCUGUUCCUGCCCUGGGAAAUCGGGGUACAAGAAGUCGUACCCCAGGAGCAAAGCCGUUUCUCAGCCCCCCACCAACAGGGAAUACGUCUAGCGCCCUGAUUUGAUGCCAGCUGUUCGGCCCGUACCCCUUUCUGCUGUCGACGACCCGGAGCCUGCCAAGGGGUUAACUCCUUGCAUUGUGUGUGUGUGUGGAGGGGUUACCCCCGACUUAGGAAUAUCGGGGUGCUCCCGAACUCUACACAGAUGUUUUUAAAGGCGUUCGUGCCCAUUGAGAUUGGUUUUUACCUUCCCACAUUUUUGGGGGUGCAGUGUACUUGGGGCAGGGUUAACUGAAUAAGGGAGGGUGCCCCUAAAUUCUGUCCAGCGUAGCUUAUUUGGGGGGAGGGGGUGGGGUUUUCAUUUUCUAGAUGGGGAGGGGUUUUUAAGACCACCCCAAAACAGGAUAUACCAGUAAAAAGCAUUUCUUAUGGGGCGUGUAUAUUCUGCCAUACGUUGGAGACACUAGCAUGGAGAGUCUCUCUUUUUAGCUGGGGUUCACCCCAAUAUAACUGACCCGACCUGUCUCUGAAGGGGGAGAUCCCCACCCCAAAAUCUUACGAUCUGUUGUUAAAAUGCCCCCCCCCCUUUAAGAAUCUCUCCGCAUAAUUGCUAUGGUGGAAUUGUAUUUUAUUUUUAUUUUGUUUGCAAGGUGGGGGGAGGCCCUGCAGGGGAAUUUAAUGGCGGGGGGGGGGGGGCGGGGGAGAAUGGCUUUAUUUAAAAGCGCUCCCGCUCGUUAGGGGUUUUUAACGAAUGAUCUGUGCGUGGCUGGGAUUCAUGUGGUCUUUGUCCUUUUUUGUACAGAAAUUAAAACCUGUGUGUUUUGGAAAA